CCGAGACGUAGUAAAGGGCUAUUGCUAAUUUCUCCCUGGAAAGUUAGUCCGCUGCUCCCUCUCAUUUGCUGCAUUAUUUGGGGCAGGCCCACAGGAAAUGACUUUGGCUCGGGUCGUUCGAAGACAGCUGCUGACAUCAGAGCCACAGAGGGGGCGGAGCUGCCGAAUCCCAGCAAUGUGACACAGGUGGACAGAGACAGACCCAUCGGGGCGGAUGUCACUCCCAGCGCACAUCUACCUGGAUCUUCCAACACAGCCGCAGAUUGGCAGGAAGAAGUUUCUCAGAGGUGUGAGAAGAAGGGCAAAAGGAAGGCCUCUUCCUGCACGACGCUCAGUUCCCAGCCUGAAGAUCUCACUCCAGAGAAGCGGCAGGAGCUGGAACAUUAUCUGCGCUUGAAAAGUUCUGGCUGGAUCCAAGAUGGCUCCGGGAAGUGGACAAAAGAUGCGGAUGUGGAGUUUGACUCUGAUGAAGAGGAACCCCCAGCGCUGACGCCAUCUUGACAGCAUCCCUCUUCUCUGCCUCUCUUUCUUUUCUCCUCCUUUCCUGGAGGAGCGUCUCGGAACGGCCCGCCGGCGCUCCUUGGCGGACGGAGCGUGUGGGAGAAGGUCAGCAGCCGGGCAGGACAUCACCGGCAUUAAAGAGCAAACGUUUUUUA